AUGGGACGUGACAAAGUCAGAAAGCUUGAUCAGUCGAAAUUGUUGCAAUUCUCUAGUAUCCUUCUUUUAGGAGUACUUGUCUUUGCCUUAUUAACGUCAACUCCUCAAUUUGCGCACGCGACAUUACUCCAAUUAUUCAUUUCUGCGUUAAUUUUUGAUUCAAUUGGGUUGAUCCCUAUAAUAAUAUUGGGUGAUGAUUUAAGUACUUUAGGUGCUCAUUCAUUACUAUGUAUAGAUGCAUACUGUCCUUUGCACCGUCUCGCAGAAGACGCAACCACUGAUAGCUUUGGUACCAUGGUUUCUUUAUAUAUGUGCAUACCUGUAUUUGAUAAUAGAACAUUCUAUGGAUACGUGUUACCUAAUACGGUUAUAACCGUGCUCUCAAUACCUAUGUCAUGUCACACUGGUUUUAUUUUAUGGAAACGAUGGCGAACUUUUUCUUCUCAUCAAAAUAGAUCCACCGCGAUAAGACUAGGUCACUCUGUUCGUUUAUUCGUAUUUAGCUCUACUAUCAUUAUCUUUCUUUUAGCAACACUCAUCCCACGAUUUAUAAUAUAUAAUCAAAGCAAACCUACAACACAAUAUAUAUUGGCAUUUUCUACUGCAUUACUUGGUGUACUUUUAUUUCUUAUUUUUGGAACCAAUCGCAGAGCAGCCGUAUUCCUCCCAUGUUGCUACUACACUCCUCCUACACUUCCACUACAGACAAUGCAAGGAUUAUCUAGUAAUUCUAAUGCUUCAGCGCGCGAAAAUUACGUACUCCAAACACUUAAUCCGGUAACAGUAAAUCUUCCAGAGAAUAUUUCUCAGACUGAUACUAUAAAAUCUAAAAAAAAAACUUAUCUCAGUCGUUUGCCUAAUAUUUUUGGAAACGGAUAG